GCAAGCCUACUGAAAUGGCGCGCAAUUUCAGAUGCCCUCCUCUCUGGUGACGUCAUGCAUUUCGUAGCCUAUCGGAGCCCGGCCAUGCUGCCCGCGCCGGGGCUCAGAGACCAAUCAGAAUAAAGACUGCUCCCGGGGGCGCAGAGACUGUCCCGCGCAACAUGGCGGAGAAUUUAAACGCAGUUCGUGGUUGUUCAGUUGCAUGUCUGUCCACAGAGUCUCAUGUUCAGGAGUUGUGUCGAAUUGAGCAUGUUUGUUGUGCUACUCUUGGGGUGAACCGGAAAAAUAUCUGCAAUUUUGAAGUGGAAUAUUUGUGUGACUAUAAGAGGGUGCAGGAGGAGGAACUGUACCUUGUGAAGUGGAAAGGCUACCCGGAUUCUGAGUGUUCAUGGGAACCACGUCGCCAUCUCAGAUGCUUCAACCUCCUUCGGCAGUUUCACCGGGAUCUGGAACGAGAGCUGCUACGAAGGGCAAAGGCUGCCGGAACAUCAACCAGUAAAAAAGUAGUUGGGCGCUGCCCCCGCAGACUAGAUUCCAGCCUCUCACACUAUGUGGUGCUUAAAGCGAAGCAAAGGCAACGGCUCCGUUUGUGGGAGCAGAAGUUGAAUUCCAAACGGGCCCAUCCAGGCCUUAUAACAGUAGAAAAUGAAGUGGAUCUAGAGGGUCCACCCAGAGACUUUGUGUACAUUAAUGAGUACAAGGUUGGGGAAGGAGUGACCAUUACCAAGUCUGCUGUAGGGUGCAAAUGUCGGGACUGUUUCACAGAUGAGAGAGGAUGCUGUCCUGGAGGUUUCCAGCACAAAUUUGCUUAUAAUGCAGAUGGACAAGUGAAAGUGAAACCUGGCUUUCCAAUUUAUGAAUGCAACUCCCUCUGCCGAUGUGGCCCGUCUUGCCCAAAUAGAGUGGUGCAGAAAGGAAUCCAGUAUAAAUUCUGUAUUUUCAGGACCUCUGAUGGAAGGGGAUGGGGUGUGAGGACACUGGAGAAGAUCCGCAAAAACAGCUUUGUAAUGGAAUAUGUGGGAGAGAUAAUCACUUCUGAUGAGGCGGAGCGUAGAGGACAAAUCUAUGACCGACAGGGGGCAACUUAUCUGUUUGAUCUGGAUUACAUUGAAGAUGUUUACACCGUAGAUGCUGCUCACUAUGGAAAUAUAUCGCACUUUGUCAACCACAGUUGCAAGCCUAACCUCCAAGUAUACAACGUGUUUAUUGAUAAUCAGGAUGAGAGGUUGCCUCGCAUUGCGUUUUUUGCUACGCGUACUAUCCGUACUGGAGAAGAGCUCACGUUUGACUACAGAAUGCAGGUCGACCCAGUUGAUGUUGAAAGCACGAAAAUGGACACCAACUUUGGUUUGGCCGGCCUAACUGGAUCUCCAAAAAAACGCACACGGGUGGAAUGCAAAUGUGGGGUAAACAGCUGUCGUAAAUACCUCUUUUAAAUGCGGAUUACUACUGUCUGGACGGGCAACUCAGGACUGUUUUUGCCCUCAGUACUUGAAAGAUCGGUUACCUGGAAAAAGCUGUUUACACCCCCUUGAGGGCUUUUCUUCUUCCAUCCUGGCUUUGA